AUGGAUAAAAGUGAAUUAAAUCAAUAUCAGUAUCAACUAGAUAGUGUAAAUUUUGCACUUGCACAGGACCCUGAUAAUCAGGAAUUGAAGAAUUUAAAAGCAGAACUUGUUGAUCUAAUUGCUCUUACAAAGUCAUAUUUUGAAGAUCAAGCAAAAGAAGUAGCAUCGAAUGCAAAAAAUUUUGGACAGGUAUUAUAUGAAUAUACAGAAACGUAUAAAACAGGUGAAACAGUAAUGGCUAGAUGGGUAUCUGGAGACAAUGCUUUUUAUCCAGCAAAAAUUACAUCUGUAACGGGGUCAUCUACAAAUACUGUUUAUACUGUUAAGUUUCUUGAAUACAACACAAUAGAAACUCUACAAGCAUAUCAUGUUAAGCCUAUUUCAGAAGGAAAGAAAAGAGCAAUUGAAAUUGAGCAAGAAAAGCCACCUCCUCCGCCAGCUAUAGCAAACGCACCUCCAUUACCCCCUAAAAAACAAAAGACUAUCAAGGCCAAAGAUGAAUUAAUUGCUGGCCAGCGUCUUUGGCAGUCUUUUGCGCAAAAAGGAGUUAAACGAGGAAGGACAGGGAAAGUUGAGCGUAUUGGAGAAAAAAGUAUUUUUCGUAGUCCAGAAGAAUUUGGCGGCAAAGUUGGCGUUAUCGGGAGUGGUAAAGGCAUGACUAAAGAAAGUUGGAAGCGAUCUCGGUAUCAAUUUGAACAACUAACAGAAGAUGAUUGA